CUAAAUCUUCCAAAUAACUUUUAACUAUUCCCUCAUUCCUCAAGAUUAUUUUUUAAAAAAAAAUAAAGAAAAAUACAUUUCUUUAUAUAAUGACCUUCAUAUACCUCAUAACAACUAUAAACAUCUCUCAAAUUUUUCCGCAAUUGAUGGUAAUUUCCUCUUCCGUGUCUAUGUCUUUAAUCAACUUAUUUUCUGUUUGUGUAAACCAAUUUGGAAUUUUACUUUUACUACUUCUCACUUCAUAUGUUAUUCUACUCCAAUUUUUUACAUUGUAUUUUCUUUUGUAUCUUUCACAAUUUCAUUAAUUAUGCAUAUUGGUUGAUAUGAAUUCUGAGUCUAG